AUGUCAGUUGGGAAUCUCUCAACUUCUAUGGAGAGAUUCCAUGCAUAUGGUUGCGGAAUCAAGGGAAGCAUUCCCGAUGCAAUUGGGAAUUUGAGCAACCUAAUGAUUUUGAGUCUAUAUGGAAAUCACCUGAGUGGGCCCGUUCCGAGCACAAUGGAAUACUUGCAAAAUCUUCAAGCAUUGGGUUUGAGUGCUAAUCAAUUAGGUGGUUCAAUUCCAGAUUGCAUUUGCAAGUUAAAGAGAUUGUACCAAAUUGAUCUGGGGCAAAACCAGUUUCGUGGGUCAAUGCCAUCAUGCUUAAAUAAUAUAAGUUCCUUGGGAGAUAUUGACUUUGCCGGGAACUUAUUAAACUCAAGCACACCUGCUAGCUUGUGGAACCUCACUGAUCUCUUGACGUUGAACCUGUCAUAUAAUUCCUUGAGUGGCUCACUACCUUAUGAAACUGGAAAUUUGAAGGUAGUAACACUAUUGGAUUUGUCAGGAAAUCACCUUAAUGGGAAUAUUCCAAGUUCCUUAGGAGGCUUGCAAAGUUUAGCAAAGCUUUCAUUAGCACAAAAUAAACUUCAGGGACCUGUUCCAGACUCUCUCAAUCAGAUGUUAAGCUUGGAAUUUUUGGAUCUAUCCAAUAAUAAUCUAUCAGGUACAAUACCAAAGUCCUUGGAGACACUUUUAUAUCUCAAAUACAUUAAUCUUUCUUUCAACUACUUAAGAGGAGAAAUUCCCUCUAGUGGUCCUUUCGAGAACUUCACAUAUGAAUCAUUCAUGUUUAAUGAUGACUUGUGUGGCGCUCAGAGAUUUCAUGUUCCUCCAUGUCCUUCUCCUCGGAUUCACAAAUCCAGUCAGAAGAAAGUAUUUCAUAUGCUAGGCAUUCUAUCAGGUAUUGCAGCAACAACAAUUGCUCUUACAACUGCUGCAAUUUUACUUUUAAGAUGCAGAAGAAAGGAUGGGAUUUCAAGAAACACUGAUUUGUUGCCCAUGGGAUUGCCAAAAAUGAUUUCAUACUAUGAACUUGUGCAAGCAACCAAUGGUUAUGAUGAAAGCAAUUUACUUGGCAAAGGGGGUUUUGGAUCUAAAUAUAAGGGUAUUUUGACGGAUGGGACAGUUGUAGCUAUGAAAGUUUUCACUUUACUAGCAGAAGUCACUUCCGGGAGUUUUGAUACAGAGUGUGAAGUUCUACGCAACCUUCGCCAUAGAAACCUAACCAAAGUGAUUGGUAGCUGCUCUAACUUGGACUUUAAAGCCUUGGUGCUUGAUUAUAAGUCCAAUGGGAGCCUUGAGAAAUGGUUGUACUCCCACAACCAUUGCCUGGAUCUGCUGCAAAGGAUAAGCAUAAUGAUGGAUGUUGCUUCCGCAUUGGAAUAUCUCCAUUUUGGUUAUACAACACCAGUGGUUCACUGCGAUCUGAAACCUAGGAACAUAUUGCUCGAUGAAAGUAUGGUUGCUCAUGUGAGUGAUUUUGGUAUGGCAAAGUUUUUGGAUGAAGAAAAUAGUGUUCUGCAUACCAAGACACUUGCAACGCUUGGAUACUUGGCACCAGAGUAUGGACUUGAAGGGCAGGUGUCAACGAGAGUUGAUGUGUAUAGUUUUGGUAUAGUUUUGAUGGAAACCUUUUCAAGAAUGAAGCCUAGUGAUGAAAUGUUCAAAGAUGAUUUGAGCCUGAAGAGUUGGAUUGAAGAAUCUCUGCCUAAUGCAACAACUCAGGUUAUAGAUGCAAACUUACUGGGGUGGCAAGAUGAGCAUUUCAAUGAGAAAUUGGAGUGUAUUUCAGUGAUCUUCAAAUUGGCUUUGAGUUGCUGUGUUGAAUGCCCGUGAGAUCGGACUAAUAUGAAGGAUGUUGUGGCGGCACUUCAAAAGAUAAAACGUCAAACUUGAGUCUUUUCCGAAUAUCUCGACAUGAAAGUACGUUCUUUUACUUAAUCCAACUGACCAAGUUUGUUCCACUCAAAUAAUCUUUCCAAUGUCUUUUGUUGCAGGAUGAUGCUAAGAUUUGAAAUA